AAUAAGUGAAACAACGUGCAAAAAAUGGCGGGAAACUUCUGGGAAAGUUCUCACUGCGCGCAGUGGAUAUUGGACCGGGCUGACUUGGCGAGGGAGCGUGCAGCGGACCUUUCUGUUCUUACAGAGGAGGAAUACCAGAAGAUUUUCAUCUUCUACGCCAGCUUCAUCCAGAUGUUGGGUGAACAGCUGAAGUUACGUCAGCAGGUUAUAGCCAGCGCAACUGUGUUUUUCAAGAGGUUCUACUCGUUGAACUCACUCAAUACUGUCGAUCCAUUGCUGAUGGCGCCGACCUGCGUCUUCCUCGCUAGUAAGAUCGAGGAGUUUGGCGUAAUCUCCAACACGAAGUUGAUCAACACCUGCUCUGCCAUCAUCAAGAACCAUCUUAACUAUGCGUUCCCAGGGAUAGAGUUCCCAUACAGGUCCCAUAUGAUCCUGGAGUGUGAAUUCUUCCUACUAGAGAAUAUGGAUUGUUGUCUGGUCAUCUUUCAACCCUACCGACCUCUCGUUCAGUUCUGCCAGGAUCUAGGGCAGGGUCUUGAAGAUACCCUGCUCCCUGUUGCCUGGAGAUUUGUCAAUGAUUCCUUUAGAACUGAUGUUUGUCUUCUCUAUCCUCCAUUCCAGAUCUCUCUUGCCUGUCUACAUAUGGCAUCAGUAUUACACGGUUAG